AGUAGAAAGUACGCAGGCGGAGAGGAUGACUGAAGAACCUUAGCGCUUUACCGCCCACGCACGGGAGGAGGAGAAUGACGGGGAGAGGGGUUGUUACAAAAGCUCUGCCAGACAGUAAGAUAUCAGGCCAAAGGAGAGAGGGUGACGACAGAAAAAUUAACAGCUAAACUUUACGAAACGUUUUUUUUUUUUUCUGGGACGAAAGCGCGUCGUAUUACGGCUGUUCGAGUGUGUUGUGGAGGCUCUUGGUGUGAGCGGCCAUGCUUUCACAGCAGACAGGCCUACUGUGCGUGCGGCUGGCGUGCGCGCUGGCCACAGUGCGUGCGUGCCUCAUCAUCAGUGAGGUGAACUCUGACAACCCCAGCCUGGACACUAGAGAGUUCGUGGAGCUUUACUGGCUGCACGGUGGCUCUGUCCCGUUGGAUGGCUACGCGCUUGUCUUCUACAACGGCAACGGCAACACAGCGUACCGCGUGGUGCACCUGAGCGGGUACCGCACGGAUGAGCGCGGAUUCUUCGUGGUGGGGUCCGCUGAGCUCCAGCCACCGCCAGCUGUGCCGCUCCCGCCCAACUCGGUGCAGAAUGGGCCCGACGCCAUUGCUUUGUACGGCCCCGCCUGGAACACAGUGACCGAAGGAGCUGGUCUCUCAGCUGUGGGCCUACUGGACGCCAUCGUCUACACCUCUCGCAAGGCCAUCGGCAGUGCAGAUGACCUGGCCAGGGUUCUCACACCUGGCGCAAUUCCGUACUUAGAAGAUGACCAAGCCCUGAUCAAUGACGAGUCCAUCGAGAGGUGCUGGCUCUCUGGCAGCCUCUACACCUUCCAAACUGGCAUCCCCACACCCGGAAAGGCCAAUGAGUGCCUGUCCCCAUGGCCCAGCUCCCUGUGGAUUGAAAGGAUACUUGUGGCUGGGGCGAGACCAACUGGCAUGGUGGAGGUUCGUGUUUUUAGGAAAAUGGAGACGAUGACUUUGGUUGUGUAUGAUACACAGACAGACACAGUCAGAACCAGCAUGGAAUUCCAGGCCAACAAACGUGGGAUCAUCUCUGUAAACAUCAGUGCCACAGCUCUGUCAGACUUGGAUGGCUGGGCUUUGGCUAUAUUUGAGCAGCAAGUGACUGACUUCCCUCAAGGUGGUCCUCUGAGUGAGGUGCAGCCAAUCGACGCAUUUGUUUGGAGCGGGCGCACAGGCGUGCCCAGUGCAAAUCUCACAGAAUCCCUCAUACCAGGGAGGAAGCCCUUCAGGGUCGACAGCAGGCAUUAUGAGGAUGAUGCCUAUGUCACUCGCUGUGGGGUUGCUCAUUGGACGAGAGAUCCUGGAACAUUCCAGCUGCAGCGUCCAGGAGAGUCCAGUCGAUGCACAUGGCAUAAUACCUGCCCUUACGACAUCGCUGGCGUUAACACCACAGAAACACCGGACUUGCUGUGGUUCGAAAUCGCUGGCGACUUCUUGCUCAGCGAGGUGAAUGCGGACACACCAGGCUCGGCAGAGGAUCAAGAGUUCGUAGAGUUGUGGCAUCCGUCAGGCAUACGCACCUCACUCAAUGACAUCUGGCUACUGCUGUUCAAUGGGAACAAUGGGAAAGUGUAUCGCGAACUCGAGCUGCACGGAUACUACACGGACCAACACGGCUACUUCCUGAUUGGCAGUCAUAAAGUCAAACCACACAUCGCCCUACCAGCCAAUACCAUUCAGAACGGCCCUGAUGCCAUAGCAAUAUAUCGCUCAUUGACUCCACCCUCCAGCGAGGGCACUGAUGUUCCACGAAACGGCCUGCUGGAUGCAGUGGUGUAUCGCGCCCGCGGCUCAGACAAAGAUUCUGCAGAGCUGAUCAAGAACCUGACACCAGGACAGCUCCCCCUUCUGGAGGACUCUGCUGCGUUCCCGGGUGAUGAAAGCCUCAGUCGAUGUGGACCUAAGAGGUUCGAUCAUAACUCCUUCAGGGUCGCAUCUCCCACGCCAAUGAUGAAAAAUGACUGUCCCCGCCCUGCUGAAGGACUUGUCAUUAAUGAGGUGGGCGGGGUCUCUGGAGCUGAGACUUCCCAACAGGGUGUCUUUGUAGAGCUGAUUGGUCCACCUUUGGCUGCUUUGCAAGGAUUGAUUGUGAUGCUGUUCGGGAGUGGCGGUGUGACAAAUGCUGUCCAGCUGACGGGGGCAAUAGGAGCUGAUGGAUUCUACUUACUGGGGAACCAGUCCAGAGCCGAUCAGAGUUUGCCAGCAGUGGAUGCUCUGGGAGCUGUUUUGUUGUGUUUUGAACCGCUGGGAGCAGGUGUGUGUGGCAGGAACUCAGAAAUUCAAGAUGUUCUUGUGUUCUCUGAAGCCCAGAGCCUACACCCUAUUUUCCAUGGCACCAUGCAACAGCACAUACACCCAGUGGCCAGAUUUGAUUCCUUUUCUCGAUGUGCUAUGAAAGGAUCUGCCAUCUGGGCCACCUCCCACACUACACCCCGCCUCCAAAACCUCUGCCCAAGCCCCUCCUUCUCCAGCUAUGUAGACCUAUGCCUGCAGCCGGAACGCAAUAUGCAUUUUAAUUGUUCAUUGGAAAAAUUUGCUGAUUUGUUGGAGCUGUCUUGUAACUGUGGAGUCUCCAUUUCUCAUUUCAAAGGUGUGAAUUUAACGUGCUUAUCAGGGAGGCUGUACGUGCAAGGUCAAGUACUUGCAGUGUCUAACCAGCAGAGGGCGAUUGUGGCCCAGGCAUUACAGAGCACAGCUGCACACAGCACACAUAUGCACUCCUGCUCCACUUCUAAGGAGCUACUUCUUAACAAAGAUUCAUCACUGGGGCUGCAGGUGGGGCUUGUACUGGCAGUGGUCUUGCUGGCUAUACUUGGAGGAUCCAUUUUCUUCUACCUGUACAAGAAAAAGUAUGGACAUCCUCAAGACUACUAUUCUAUGGAGCUGAAUGAAAAUGAAUCACCCAUGGAACUCUAGUGUGUGUGUGUGUGUGUGUGUGUGUGUGUGUGUGUGUGUGUGUGUCAGUCAUUUGUCUGGUGGUGUCUGUACAUCUAUUGUACAUUGUUUUCAUGAUAAUGCUGAACGAUUUAUCAAUUUAUCAACAAUUCAGAUAGAAUGUUGCCAGUUGUGAACUGAAGUUUUGAGUAUCUACCAUGAGAAACAAUUUUUCACAAGCAGCUCACAACAAUUUCAUUAGGCAAUAUUUUUUUAGUAUUAUUAGACUCUUUUAAGAACAAAGUGGUGAACCAUGUGUGCAUUGAUGGAUUGGAGCUAUAUUGUCACUCUGUGGUAGAGCUUCUUUCACCAGUAGCCUGAAGAUUUUUUGAAGUAACUACCUUUUUGAAGUAAUUGCCUUGUCCAAAAUGAAAAUAUGUUCAGUCAUGUAUUAAGUAAAUUGCCAAAAAAAUGACCUGUUUAAAAAAUACAAUUGCCAUUAACAUCUUGAAGGCAUUCAGUAGAAAAUUCUCCUUAUUGAACCUUUAUGUUUACAUGUACAAAGCUGAUUUGGACUGGAUCUUAAAUAAGCGUUUUUUAUUGUUUGUUUGUCAGAUGUUCUUAUGUGUCUUUGUAACACAUUCUCAACAUGACCAAAUCAGUGCUAUUUUAGAUGUUUCAAGACACUAAGUACAUAUAAAUUGGUGCACUCUGAGUGAGGGGACGACUACAUUUCUUUAAUGUUUCAACUGAACUUACCAAAUCCCAGUGUGAGUCCACUACUUAGAGCUUAGAAUUUCAGAGAUUUUUCAAUUUCAAUGAUUUUUCAAACAGCUACCAAAAACUGAUUCUUAUCUGUUGGACUCUGAUUUAGGGAUGUUGCAGUAUUUUGAUGCCAUUUUAGGAAGCCACUACUCCAGAUGCAGGGCACUGGCACUGUUCCCUUUCUUUUGAUAUAAAGUUCCACUGAUGAGUUGCAUGUCAUUGCGAUGAUGGCAAAAAUCCUACAGAGACUGUUAAGUGCCUCUUGGCAGGAUGAGUCACUUCCUCAUUUUGGUACUGCAUUUGUUCCAGGGGUACAUAACUCCAAGAUGCUGCAUAUACCCUUACUGAAGGUGGGGGGUGGGGUGGUUGGAGGUAUAUUUGAUGGUGAGCUUUGGCUGUUGGGAGCGUUCUUUCCAAAGAAGAAUGGCCUGUUUUUAGGUUUUGCAUGCGUUUAGAUAUACAGUUUUAUGUUAAAAAGAACAUUUUUUUUUUUUUUAACCAAACCAGUGAUUUAUAGCAUAUAACCCCCCAACCCUAUAGAUUAAUGUGAGGGUUGAUGUGUAAAUCCUCCAGGCACCAUCAGUCUGAGUGGUUAAAUGCUUUCCCAUACCUUCUUGUGGUCAGUGGAAGUGUAAAAUCAGCAUUUUGUUCUAGUACCUUGCUUCUAAGAUAAUACUGAAAGUUUUCAUUUAAAACUAGUGUUUCUGUGUUUUUCCAUAUUUUCCACAAGCAGCUUGUUCUGAAGUAAAGAAACUUUUACAUCCUCCA